AUAGGAGCUUGUGAAGGUAAAUGGAGAUGCCUACAACACACACACACACACACACACAAAUGAAAUGAUGAAACUCUUUAAUGAAUCAAUCUUCCAGCUUCUGAAGUUCACCUCUUCUGCUGCCGAUCCCAUGUCAAAGUCGCAGCCCAGCUUCGAGAACGCAGGUGUGUUUGGACCCGACAUCAUGGUGAACACAAAAGCGGGCGACUUGGUGUCUGAGAUCUCCUGUCCUCCAGGCUUAUCAUGUGUGAAUGGAGUAAAUAGCCUUUUCCUAGUCUCUCUGAAGUUGUAGCUCUUCUCAAAGCUUGCGAGACAGUGAACCGGAGCAUGGAGCCGGUGGAGCAGCUGGAGUCGGGUCGAUCUGAGGUCUCGGAUGGGCCGAUGGAUGUAGGAAUCAGCGGAACCAGCACUCGACGGAAGAGGAGAAAGCGGGAACACCGGCCGGAGUCCAUCAUCGUCUACCGCUCGGAUCCAGAGAGAGCCGCUGGUGAAGAAGAGCAUGGGGCAGAUAGUGAAGCUGGAGGGGGGAACUCUGAAGAAGGGGCUACAUUUCUCAACAACCCCAGCAGUGAAGGUUGGGCUGUGCCUCCAGAUAGUCGCUACGUGACGCUCACAGGGACCAUCACGCGUGGAAAGAAGAAAGGUCAGAUGGUGGACAUUCACGUGACGCUCACAGAGAGAGAGUUGCGUGAGAUGGCGAGGUCAAAGGAGCGGCUGGAUGCCGAAUGCGACGCUCGAGAGGGAUCGAGUCGCUCGUGUGGAUUCGGCGUUUCUCAGGGUCCUCACGUCGUCUUGUGGAGCCUCUCCUGUGCUCCCGUAGUCUUCGUCCUGUCCUUCAUCACCUCGUUCUACUAUGGGACUCUCACGUGGUACAAUAUUUUCCUGGUGUACAACGAGGAACGGACGUUCUGCCACAAAAUCACGGUGUGCCCCUUCCUCAUCAUCUUCUAUCCGGUGCUCAUCGUGGCUCUCUCGCUGUCGCUGGCUCUUUACUCGGCCGUGGCGCAGGUGUCCUGGGCUUUCAGCGAGUGGUGGACGUCCGUCAGGGAUUUAGAGAAGGGUUUCUGCGGGUGGGCUUGUGGGAAGCUCGGUUUGGAGGACUGUUCACCCUACAGCAUAGUCGAGCUGCUGGACUCGGACACGAUCUCUGGGAGUCUGCAGGGAAAGUCGCUGGAAACAUCCUCGGUGUGAAUAGAUUUUCUCAGCUGGUUAUCGGUCCUGUUUAUUGACACUUGGCGAGUGUUAUGGCCACCUGGUAUUACGAUGCGUUUUGGUCGAUCGGAUCACAAGUAGACAGUUGUAAAUGGGGUCUAAAACGUUUUGAGCUUGUCCACUUUUGACCACUUCCAGAUGUUGUUAAA